AUGCGCUUGGUCGACUCUUCUUCCAAUGGCCCCGCCAUGGGCCUAGAGAAGCCUUCUGAGGUUACCUCCGGCGGCCUCCCGUUCGGGAAGAAUAUUCCCCUCCAGAGCAUUGGGGGCCCGACCUACGUUACUGCUCAGACUGUUGUCCAGCAAGUCGCGUAUGUCCUCUCUGACAAGCUCUUCUCCUACUCCCCCGAGACAUUCGACCUCGAUGUGGCGGCGAAGACCUGGUCGGCGGCGCAAGAGAGCAAUGCAAAUGGCUACACCACUGCUUUGCAGCCCAUGCAGAUCCGCAACGGUGCUGGUUCUAUCGCUUUGGGCUAUAUGUUCUCCAAGGACUUUGACCUGAAGAAGCGUCAUAUCCCGCAGGGUGUCCUUGCUUCCUCCUCUGCCCUGCAGUUUCUCCGGCCUGUCCUCGACCAGCUGUCACUCCUCUACAGCGUCAGCAAUCCGUUUGUCGCCCAUAUAUCCGCAGCCGACUAUGACGGCAGCAAGCAUGGUGGGCUUGCCGUGGACUAUACGUCAGCUUUGACUACUGCUGAAGAUCUGGGCUUGGGUCUUGUGGCCAGCCAUACGGCCUACGAGACGCAGCACAUGGCUUUGUUGGCGACCGCGCUUGCCCAAGACCAGCCCAUGCUGCACACCUAUGACGGUUUGAGGCUUGGGCGGGAGACUACCAGGGUCGUUGACCUUCUUGACAAGAGCCGUCUUGCUGCCGCAUACCAAGCCGUGCUCGCCUCCACCCAAGACGAGGAGAGAACGCAUUUGAGCGCAGAGGGCAAGGCAUUGCGUACUCUUCGAGCUUUGAACGAGGAGCUCGGAACCGACUACAAGGCUUUUGAGUACCACGGUCACGAGACGCCGGAGGCCAUCCUUGUCACUUUCGGCUCAGUCGAAUCUUCUCUCGCUGCGCUGGCUGCUACCGACCUCGUCAACUCCGACCGUCGAGUGGGUGUUAUCAAUGUCCGCAUCUACCGUCCAUUUGCCGAAGAGCAGUUCAUCAAGCUCAUCCCUCGCUCUACACGUACCAUUGCAGUCCUUGGCCAGGUCGCCAACGCGCAGGCUCUGCAGGAAUCUGGCGUGCACUCGCGCCUCUACGAUGAUGUUCUGGCGGCUCUGUCUUACAGUUCUCUGUCUGGCGUCCCCGAUAUCCGCGACGUCAAAUAUGCUAGAUCCGAGACAUGGUCUCCGUCUAGCAUGGUCACCGUGCUGCGCGGCCUACUCGGGGAAACCUCAGUCACCAGCAAUGCCUCCUUCCUCGACAGCAAAGUUCAGCAGUACAGCUUCUGGAAUGCUGACGACUCACCGGCAGCUGCUGCUGUCCACACACUCGCCCAAGCCCUAGCUAAGGACUCUUCUCAGAACGUGACUGUCAACACCACACACGAUAAUCUCAUCCAGGGCGGUGUGCAUCGUGUCGAUGUUCGCAAGUCACCCAGAAGCCUUGAAGCUCCUUACUCGAUCACUGCUGCUGACACUGCCGUUGUGACCGACGUGAAACUUCUGGAGAAUAUUUCCAUUCUGGAAUCUAUCAAGACUGGUGGCAAGCUCAUUAUGUCUCUCCCGGGAGUCAAGGAUGAGGACGUUGAGAAAAAGAUUGCUUCUUUUCUCCGCAAGAACAUUGCGAAGCAGGCGAUCGAACUCUAUUUGCUCGAUUCUACGCGUACAGGACUGUCACUGGAGAGUGAACAGCUCGAAUCGUUCAUCCUGCAAGCUGCAUUCCUUCGAGUCGCUCUUGGUGAAUCAGAAGAGAUCGCCCGGAAGAAGCUCGCAACGAUCAGCGGCGAUCAGAACACUCUUGAACAGGUUGCUGCUGAUCUAGAGACCACCCUCCGUCAGAUCGAAGUCCCCGAGGAAUGGGCUCAGCUGGAGGUUGAGACUGAGAAGCCCACCGUGCCAGCACACGUUUCUAGCAACAGCUUCAUCGGCUUCGACAAGACUGAAGAAGAAUCUCCUUCUCUGCUCCGCAACUGGCAGAAAGCCGCCAAAGGCCUACUCUUCAAAGAGGCCUAUGGUACACGCGAUGCGCUUCGUCCCGAUUUGCCUACUAAGACCUUUACCGUUCAUGUGAAGGAGAAUAGACGCCUGACACCUAAGACCUACGACCGCAACAUCUUCCAUAUUGAAUUCGAUCUGGGCACGUCGGGUUUGAAGUACGACAUUGGCGAGGCGCUUGGUAUUCACGCCGAGAAUGAUCAUGAUCAGGUUAUGGAGUUCAUCAAAUGGUAUGGCCUUGAUCCUGAAGAUGUGGUUGAGGUCCAGGCUUUGAGUAACUCGGCUGCUUUCGAGAACCGCACCGUGUAUCAAUCGCUCAUACAAAACGUCGACAUCUUCGGUCGCCCGCCGAAGAAGUUCUACGAGGCGCUUGCCGAGUUUGCCGACGACGAGGAAGAGAAGAAGAACCUGCUUACCCUUGCUGGCCCCGAGGGCUACAAAGAGUUCCAGCGUCGUGCCGAAGUCGAUACAGUUACAUACGCUGACAUCCUGCUCGAAUUCCCGUCCGCGCAUCCUUCAUUCCACGAUAUUGUUCGAAUCGUUGCACCGAUGAAGCGCCGAGAAUACUCAAUCGCCUCUUGCCAGGCCGUCACACCUACUUCUGUCGCUCUUAUGGUUGUUGUGGUCAACUGGGUAGAUCCUACUGGCCGCGACCGAUUUGGGCAAGCCACUCGAUUCCUGCGUGAUCUGAAGCUUGGUGCACCUGUUACAGUUAGCGUUAAGCCUUCGGUCAUGAAGCUUCCGCCCAAGUCUACUCAGCCUCUUAUCAUGGCCGGCUUGGGCACUGGUCUUGCUCCUUUCCGUGCGUUCGUCCAGCAUCGGGCCAUGGAGAAAGCCCAGGGCAAGGAGGUUGGAGCCGUCCUUUUGUACAUGGGUUCUCGCCACCAGCGCGAAGAGUAUUGCUAUGGUGAAGAGUGGGAAGCCUACCAGGCCGCUGGCGUCAUCACGCUACUAGGUCGAGCCUUCUCGCGUGACCAACCCCAGAAGAUCUACAUCCAAGAUCGCAUGCGUCAGACCGUCACGGACAUCAUCGACGCGUACAUCAAGCAGGAUGGUGCCUUCUACCUCUGUGGUCCUACUUGGCCUGUGCCUGAUGUGACGGCUGUUCUCGAGGAGGCCAUCACCAAGGAGAAGCAGAUGCGGGGUGAGAAGGUCAAGCGUGGCGAGGCAAGCAGGAGAAUCAUGGAGCUCAAGGAGGAAGGCCGCUAUGUGCUCGAGGUUUACUAG